ACCUGUAAUAGUUAUACCAUGCACGCAAGGAGCGACAAGUUUUUGCAUACAAUACAAAAUUAAAUAAUAAAAAAUAGAAGCCGACGCUAGAGAAUCCUUUUAUAUUGCUAUUGCUGAAACAUAGAAUAAGUCGCAUCCAUUCGUUUGCAGCGUGUACGCGUAAGAUAAGCCCAAGCCCACAGCGACAGCCAAAAGUGAAAGCCCAGAAAAAUUACAGAAAGAGAGAGAGAGAACGGUGAAAAAGAGUCUGGGCGAGAGAAAAACGAUUUUUUCAGAGAAUUUGUAUUGCAGUGGAACGGGCAACGUGUGAGCUAAGAACCUGCAGAGCAUAACGCAUCCGAGGGCCGAGUGCGAACACAGAGAUACGAAACGAGUACCAAUCAGAAAACGAGCAGCACCAAAAACAAACACGGCACAAGAGGCAAGGGGCAGGGGCAAGCGCAAGAACAAGAGCAAAGUCAACACAAUACCACAACGCGCUGCCGAAGACCGUCAAAAUUCUCAGCCACAGCCACCACACACCACCUUACAGCACCUGCACUUUAUUAGCUGCCACCACGCUCCACAAACAGCCAGCCAUCAUGUUCGUCAACUCGAUGACGUUCCGUGGCAACCCGGCAAACUAUCACCAGCAGCAGCCGGCGCUGAACCAUCAUACGCUGGCCGCUGCACAUCAUCAGCAGCAGUUGCACCAUCACGCUGCCGCCGGCCACCUGGGCCAUGUCGGCGGUGGACACGCGGCCAGCAAUCAUCUGGCCGCUGCGGCCGUUCUCGGCCGGCACGGGCAUAGUUCGGUGACCAGCGGGCACACCACCAGCUCGUCGCACUCCGCCGGCGCGUUGGCCAGCGGCAGCACUGGGAGCAGUACCAGCUCUCCGGACAGCGGCAAGAUCUACAUCAAGAAUUUGGAGCGUUCGAUCGACAACAAGGCGGUGUACGACACCUUCUCCGUGUUCGGUAACAUUCUCAACUGCAAUGUGGCCAAGGACGAGGAUGGCAACUCACGCGGAUACGGCUUUGUGCACUUCGACUCGGAGGAAGCCGCCCGCGCGGCCAUCGAGAAGGUCAAUGGAAUGCUGUGCAAUAAUCAGAAGGUUCAUGUGGUCAAGUUCAUUCCUCGGCGGGACCGUGAACAGGAGAAGGCGACCCACUUCAAGAAUCUGUACGUGAAGAAUCUCAGCGAGGAGUUCACCGAGCAGCACUUGCGCGAGAUGUUCGAGCCCUAUGGGCGCAUCACCAGUCACAAGUUGAUGCUCGACGAGGAGGGACGCUCACGCCGGUUCGGAUUUGUGGCUUUUGAGAACCCACAAUCGGCGCUGGCCGCCGUCAUUGGACUACAUGGCAAACAGCUGGGCGACAACAAGUUCUUGUACGUGGCCCGAGCCCUUAGCAAGGCCGAGCGACAGCAGGAGAUCAAUCGCAAGCUGGAGGAGCGCAAGCGCCAGAAGGCCGGUCAAAUAUUCUACUAUUAGAUCCUGAGUUAUUGGCGGCAAGGCAGCAAAUUUUACAGCAGGAGUUUACUUGGAACCCACAAACAUACAAUAUACACACAUAUAUACCUACAUAUAUAGAUAUUUACGAGAAAUUAUAUUGUGCAGCAAAACGUACAUCCAGGCAGCAGGAAAGAAGAAGGAAAAAAAAUGAAAGGAAAGGAAAGGAUCCGGCACAUUGACAUUUAGACGUUGGCAAAAGGUUUUGCAACACAGUUGAAAUUUUAGAGACACAAGAUCAGAAACAAAAGCUAAACCAAGAAUUCGUGCUCGAACUCUCUCAUUCAAAGGAGCAGAUUUCUAGGCAUUAGACCUAGGCAUUACCUAACAGUUUCUUAACAUUCAUUAGCGUUUUUUUGGAAUUAGAUGUUUAUCUUUACUGUUGAACUUAGCGAGCAGAAGUGAAGCUUCUCGGAGUCAGCUUCGGGCCUAAAUAACACACUGCGUACACAACAAUUUCUUGAAUGUAUUUACAUACACCACACCACGCUACACCACACACCACGCUACACCACACCCCACCCCACACAUCGACCCUAAACCCUAAACCCCCUAUGGCAUAUUUAAAUAUAAAAGUAUGAAGCGAUGGCAUCUGGAGCUACGCCCCGAGAAGAUCCGGGCAUAAUUUGAAUAUUUACACAUAAACAUAAAUAUAUACUAAAUAAAAGAAAACAAAAAAAACCAAGAAAAGGCAAAAAAAAAAAUAUAUAUAUAUAUAAUUGAUGUAACCUCUAUUAACAAUUGAUCCACUCACUCUACGUAUAUACAUUUAGACAUAUAUAUACUAAUAAUGUAAACCCCAUUACACGCCGUAGUUAAAAAGCGUUUAUAAUACUCACACCCACUCCAAUCUAAUGCUAAUCCUUUGACGAAGAAAUCAAGUGCAAGCAACCUACACGUAAUUUACAUGGUAAAAGCAAAAACGAAAAGAAAAGCAAAGAAAGAAUAGAACAGAAGAGAAGAGAACCGAACCGAACCGAAUAAUGUACACGGGAAAAUAUGCAUCCAUCUCUUGUGGAGUGUUCAUGAGUAUUAAAAUUUUAGCAAUUACAAGACAGUGUUGUAACUAAGUGUAAAUUGUUUCCAGUAGUAAAAAACAAACGAAGAAAAAACAAAAAACUAAUAUGAAAUCACAGUAAAGGCAGCAAGAAAAGAAACUAAAUCGAAUUGAAUAUAACCAAAACCAGGGGUGUACACAAUGCAAUACUUAAACUUUUUUAGAAUAUUAUUACAAUGGAUACAAGGCACGAAAUGAGACACUAAUAAGGAAAUAGUUUGAGAAAAGGCGUGUAUACAAAUUAGCCCGAAAAUAAAGCAAAUACAUACAUAAUUUAAGAUUAUUGAGCUUAAUUUUUAAACCAGUUUCCAAGAACAGAAAACUAAAAAUGGGAAAGCAAAAGAAAAGAAAAGAGAAAAAACUAUUAAAACCAAAACCGAGCAAAACUCACACGAAAUUUGUAAAAUUAAAAAUUUACGCCUAGAAAUACUCGUACGUACAGACACCCACACACACACACAAUGUAUAGUACAGUACCCGAAAUGGACAAGACAAGAAAAUGAAAGAUGAAAUAUGAAAAAUGAAAUUACAUGAAAAUACAUAGUUAUAAAUGAUGGCAAAUAUUUAGGAUGUCAUGGCAUACAACAUAUAUUAUAACCCUCAUUUAACCAUA